UCUGAAGGUUCAAAUCAGAAUUUUAACGGCGAAUGAACCAGGCGUGUGUAACAGGCGUGUUAGCGUUUCAACAGAGCUGAAUAUGUCGCUUAUUUAAUGUGUGCUGGUUUUGGGAGACUGUUGUGUAGCCACCGAACAGGUCAGUGUGGAUUUUUUCGGGCGGACUCUUUAGUUUUUGCGAUGAUCUGGCCGGUUACUGUCAGUUAGCUCUGCUAGGCUAAGCUAACGCGUCGCUAACUCGUGUGAUGGCUUUCAGUGUGUAGCUCUUCACAUUACUUCUUUAACGAUGAAUUAACUCCACGCAGUUUAUCACAGAGAUGCUUUGUUUGUCGUAUUAACCGAGAAUAUAGAGUUUUAUAACAGUGUCGAUCUCCAAAAAGCUAAACAGCCCCAGGUGAGGAGACCAUGACCCUGGCUCCGAAGGAACUGUCUAACUUGCUGAGCAUAAUCUCGGAGGAGGCUUGCACCAACACCUUCGAAAGCCUCUCCACCCACUUCCAUCAUUACUUCGGGAAAGCGGAGCACUUCAGGGUGGGCUCGGUGCUGGUCAUGCUCCUCCAGCAGCCGGACCUGCUGCCCAGCUCCCCGCAGCGGCUCACCGCCCUCUACCUGCUGUGGGAGAUGUACCGCACCGAGCCGCUGGCCGCCAACCCGUUCGCCGCCGUGUUCGCUCACCUUCUGAACCCCGCACCUGCCGGGGAGGAGCAGGAGAAGGUGCUGUCCGGCUUCCUUCCUCCCAUCACCCAGCCUGAGAAGUUCUUCCUGUCCCAGCUGAUGUUAGCACCGCCCAGGGAUCUCUUCAAGAAGACACCCAGACAGGUGUCCUGCAUGGAUGUUGGCAACAUGCCCCAGUCUAUAGACAUCAGUGGGCUGCAGCUAGCCUUAGCAGAGCGUCAAUCAGAGCUGCCCACUCAGAGCAAGGCCAGCUUCCCCAGCAUCCUGAACGACCCAGAUCCAGAUUCAUCCAACUCAGGGUUCGACAGCUCAGUGGCCAAUCAGAUCAUUGAGUCUCUGGUCACAGGGCCCCGACCUCCACUGGAGAGUCACUUCCGCCCUGAGUUCAUCCGGCCGCCGCCUCCCCUCCACGUGUGCGAGGACGAGCUGGCGUGGCUGAACCCCACCGAGCCGGAUCACAGCAUCCAGUGGGACCGCUCCAUGUGUGUGAAGAACAGCACCGGCGUGGAAAUAAAACGCAUCAUGUCCAAGGCCUUCAAGAGCCCACUGUCCGCCCAGCAGCAGUCACAGCUGCUGGCCGAGCUGGAGAAGGACCCGAAGCUGGUUUAUCACAUCGGUCUGUCCCCGGCGAAGCUCCCUGACCUGGUGGAGAACAACCCGCUGGUGGCCAUCGAGAUGCUGCUGAAGCUGAUGCCGAGCAGCCAGAUCACCGAAUAUUUCUCUGUGCUGGUUAACAUGGACAUGUCGCUGCACUCCAUGGAGGUGGUCAACAGGUUGACCACAGCUGUUGACCUGCCUCCAGAGUUCAUCCACCUCUACAUCUCCAACUGUAUCUCCACCUGUGAGCAAAUCAAAGACAAAUACAUGCAGAAUCGUCUGGUCCGUCUGGUCUGCGUCUUCCUCCAGUCUCUGAUCCGGAACAAGAUCAUUAAUGUUCAGGACCUCUUCAUCGAGGUUCAGGCCUUCUGCAUCGAGUUCAGCCGCAUCCGUGAAGCCGCCGGCCUCUUCCGCCUCCUCAAGACCCUGGACACCGGGGAAAACCCCACAGAGGCCAAACCUGCCAAAUAACGCUCCUCACAGUGACAGUGCACAGGCAGAGUUACAGGAUAACACCACCCUCCCACAUCCACCUGUAAACCAAGUUAAAGGGACCUGGUUUGGUUACCAGAAACGGGUGCAGGCGGCUCAACUGAGAAUUAACACUGUAAAUAUGUAGUUAUGUUUUCUUCAGACUUCAGAAUCCUCUCCUCGCUCACUGCUCACCGCUGUCCACCUCUGAACUUUGUCACCACCUUUGCAGAUGGACAUAAUUCAUAUUUUCAUUUUUUACCAGCGCGCUCUCUUUGUUUUGGAAAUGUUUGGAAACGAAUGGAAAGUUUUCUCUAAUUAAACAGAUUUGUUAAAUUGA